AUGCAAACUAUGCACUUUAAUCUUGGAAGAUGCCUUUCUAUUAUUCAUUUUCUAUGUGGAUUUUUUAUUCUGCUGACUGGAGUUGGGUCCAACUAUUUGUCCCAUGAUCCACUUUCCAUGAGUUUUGCAUUUAUUUAUGUUCUGAUGUCGUUGAUUUGCUGUGUGACCACUAGAAACUACGACCCAAUAUGUCUCCGAAUGUGUUUGGUUUUCUCCCUUCUGAUGGCAAUUGCAUCUGGAUAUCUCGUCUAUCAACAUGCCAUUCAAACCACUCAAGUGUGUCUCCGAAAGUGCGUCAGAACCGAGGACUACUUCCAUACUCAACUGACUAUCAUCUUCCUCAACUGUGUCAUUUCUAUGGUCUACUCAAUUCUUUGUCUGAGGAAUUCCCCCAAGAAUCAAGCAUAUGACCGUGUGAAAGUUGAACCGGAAGAACUUCCAAAAUUGAAUAAAACUAUAACAUAUUGCGGUAACUUGAUAAGAAUUAGUGUCGAAAUGGGAGACGAAUUAUCAGAGAAUUCGAAGAGUCAAAUUUCGUCAUCGAUGGAAAAUAUACAGCGAAAAUUGAUUCUUCUGGAAAUUGAGAAAAAUGAAAAAUCGAGUUUUGACGACGUUAUAACUGGUGCUGAAUCGGAUAAUGGAUGGGAGAGCAUAAAAGAUAACACAGAGGACAGUAUAAAUAGUAAUUGGCAGAUGACGGAAGAAAUUACGAGUGUAUCAUCUCCGACUCUUCAAGAGUAUUCUGAUGGUCCACAAAGCUUCUAUGAGUUGGAUGCUCUCAAUCAUAAACCUGUGGAUAAUACGUUCCGAACGACUCGCGUUCCGUCGCAGUAUCAGCUCGAUGCUCUCUCCGAAAUGUUCAUUUUCGACUUGCCACAGCAUAUUGCUCUUCAAAGAAUGAACAAUUCUUGCCAGGCGGAAGCUUACAAUGUGAUCGAUCAGGAUGCAGAGAAUCGUAAUGGAACUCCAUAUUUCAUCAACUCGGAAUAUGUGUCUGAGAUGUUGUGA